CGCGUUUUUUUCGCCGUUUUUUCGUACCCGCUCGCCCUACCGUACGCACGACGACCACGGCGAUCGCGACGCGCCGUCGCGGCCUGCGCCCCGGGGCCGAGCCGCCGGGUUUCCCGUCCGCGUCAUACCCGUAUUAUACGCGCGCCCGAGCGUUAUCUGAUGAUUCGCGUUUCUCUCUGUGAGCCGCCGCCGCCGCCGAUAUAUCCUCGUGGUGUGGGUGCCGACUACGGUAGGUAGGUUCGCUUUUUCUGCUUGGCCGCAGUGACGGUCACCGCAACCGCCUCGGCCGAAUCGCUCUCUCUCUCUAUCUCCCCGUCGAGAGUACGCUCGUAAUAAUUUUACAAUAUGAUCUUACCGUUAUCGUAAUAAUACCGCGUUCGCCGGCCGUCCGAGUGCGCGUGUUGGCCGACUACAAAUUUCGUUUUAUUUUUUAUUUAUUCCGAAGUCGACGUCCGCCGACAGUCGUCUCCGUCGGCGCGUCGUCGUGGUCGCCACCGCCGCCGCAGCAGCCGUCCGUCGUCGGUACAGUGCGAAUCGCGCGCGCGCGCGCUCGCGCACACAGUCCGUCGUCGUAGGUGGAUGAGCGCGCACGGACGGCGCGUAUUCUCGCCGCCGCCGCAUUGACAGACACACAAGGAUACCGUCAUGUUCUGUGAGUUGAUAUGCUGAAGGAUAUUCAUAGUCCAGGAUUGGUAGCCGAUCCGGAGGACGGCAGCAACGGAGCUUGUUGCGCCGGUUGCGGUAGAUCCAUAGACGAUCGUUUCUACUUAUCCGCAGUGGACAUGUGUUGGCACAUCGGGUGUCUUCAAUGUGCCGAAUGUAAACUGCCACUAGACACAGAACUAACGUGUUAUUCAAGGCACGGAAACAUCUAUUGCAAACAAGACUAUUACAGGUUGUUCUCGAUAAAACGCUGCGCCCGGUGUCAGGGCGGGAUCGGCGCUUGCGACCUAGUGAUGAGAGCCAAAGAUCUCGUGUACCACGUAGAGUGUUUUGCGUGUUAUGCGUGCGGUGCGGUCCUGUGCAAAGGCGACUAUUACGGAGUACGGGACGGUGCCGUUUUCUGUAGGCCUGACUACGAGCGUCUCAAGCACAGGGACAUGGCGUGCGAUCUGGAGCCGAUGUGCAGCCCACCCCGGGCGGCAGGCCAUCACUGGCCGUCGGUGCACAAGGGCAGGCCUCGGAAGAAGAGAAACGUUCAAAUGCUGUCUCCACCCAUGGCGACGGCCGAUUGUAACGGACUUACCGAGCUCAACGUACUCAGCAUACCGCAGUCGACAUUGGAAGUCAUGCAAGCCACAGACCUAUCUUCAUCGAUGGAGUCAUUAACUUACGAAACGUCCAGCUUGUCAUCGCCCACAAACUCUUCGACGAUGGGCACUACCGGUAGCAUGUCACAGCAGCAACAUCAGCAAACGCGAACGAAACGCAUGCGAACGUCAUUCAAACAUCACCAGCUGCGCACAAUGAAGUCGUACUUUAACAUCAACCAAAACCCAGACGCCAAGGACUUAAAACAGCUGGCUCAAAAGACUGGACUGUCCAAACGAGUGCUACAGGUUUGGUUUCAAAACGCUAGAGCAAAAUGGAGAAGAAACAUUAUGAGACAAGAGAACAACCAAAUGGUAACCAGUUCCAUGUCGAAUCAAAAUCAGACUACGCCGUCCGACCCCGAUCUCAUCAGGGGACACACCCAGACCUCGCAGGGUUUAAACUUUGUAGAUCUCUUUUGAUUUCACCCGUUAAGUCGUAAGUCGUAGUUAUAUUUAUUAACCAUCGUCAUAAUUACAGUAUUAUCAUCGUGAGCCAGUCUGAGCACGUUAGGCGUAUCUGAAAUAAAAUAUAAUCGUGUCCGACAACAAAAUAUUUGAUUUUUCCCUAUAUACAUAUAUAUACCGUUUUCUUCUUUUAAAAUGCAAUAGACGAAAUUCCGGUAACGAGUCAUUGCCGUUUCCUGUCAUGUACGCGUGUGUGUUAAAACAAUUGAUCGAAUCAAUUUGGGUACCAUUUAUAAAAAUAGUAAAACAAUACAAUAUUAUGUUAUAUUACGAUAUUCUUACAAAAUAAUUUGUGUACGCAUUGUACGAGUAUAUACAUAACCAACUGGAAAUUGUAAUUAAUAUAUAAUAUUAUUAUGUUUAAGUGAUUAUAAGUAUAAGAAAGAGAAAACAAUUGUUCCUUAACUUGAUGUAUUAUUAUUACACUCUCGGUUAUAUAUAUAUAUUAUAUAUAUGUAUACAUACAUAAGUAUGUAUUUAUAAUUUGUAUUCUGUACAUUGUAACAUAUUAUUAUUAAUUAAGUUUAAUACGUAUAUAUUAUUAUAUGUUAAACACGCGUGUUAUUUGAGCUGCCUAUUCGCGUGCGGCGUACACUCAAAGGUCGCUAAAUACUCGCAAUUAAUUGUAUAUGUUUUCUUUUGUGCUUGAAUAAAAAAGUAAUAUUAAUUGAAUGGUCGGCCUAAUUAGUAAUUAGUAUAAACGACUCGUAAAAAAAUAAAAAAUAAAUAAGUGUAUACCGCACGGAAAAGACUGGCAAUGAUAAUACGUACGCGUACACGCCUUGGCUGAGAAGUUAUAAAAAAAAACCCUUGUCACUAUGUUAUAAAA